GGUGGCUUAUUAGGAAGAGCAGCAUCUACUUUGGAACAGACUGCUACGGGUGGUCAGAGAGGUGUUGGUGGAAAACAACAUGAUCCAGAGGCUUCGGUUGAAUCAUUGCUUGAGAGGUUGUCACUGGAUAGUGUAUCAAUGGAUGAUAAGAAGUCUGCUAUACAACAAUUAUCAUCAUUGGGCAAGAAUGCCUAUCAACAAGUUGGCUCAAAGAUACCCAUCAUCACAAAGUUAAUGGAUCAAGUCAGAGGUGAAGACAUUGAAUUGAUACGCGAGGCAAUUGAACUUAUCACCUCAAUAAUAAGGUGUACACCAAAAGAUGAUAACAUUAUUCAAAUGCAUAAUACAGAGUUGUUCAUCAAUGAUAAGAAGAACUUCAUGGUGAUAUGUGAUCUGUUAUCAUUGUCGGAUUAUUACGUUCGAUAUUUGGUGGCAACGUUGAUUAGGACAUUGUUGACUAAUCGUUUCGAGAGUGUACAGGAGACUAUAUUGGCAUGUCCAAUGUCAAUGACCAAUAUAAUGGGCCUUCUCUCAGACGGUCGCGAGAUCAUCAGGAAUGAAGCAUUGUUGGUACUCACCGAGCUCACAAAGUCCAAUCAAGAGAUCCAAAAGAUCGUCGCAUUCGAGGGUGCCUUUGACGUCCUUCUAGAGAUCAUCCGCAAGGAAGGACAAUCCGAGGGCGGCAUCAUCGUCAACGAUUGUAUCAUAGUCCUACUCAAUCUCUUGAAAGGAAACGUCUCCAAUCAGAACUUCUUCAGGGAGAUGGGAUGCAUACCAAAGAUAUCACCUUUGCUACAGGUACAGAACACAGAUAUGUGGAUACUCUCGGAUAACAAGUUCGCAAUCAUCAUGUCGACAUUGGACCUCGUGUUGUCAUUGGUCGAGAGGAACAACUUGAGCACGCCACCCAAUCAACAUUUGAUCAGUCAGUGCAACAUGAUGAACUUGAUCAUCCGACUGGGUCUUGGCAAGAUGUCAUCGCAGAUCGUCCGCAGCAAGGCGCUCUACACACUGGGCGAGAUCAUCCAUCAGCACACGGAGAACAUUGCCGAGUUCUCGUCCGUGUCGAUCAAGAGCGAGUUGACGGGCCAGUCGCAAUCGGCCCUUCUCCGUCUGGCGAUGGUCAUCAUCAACUCAAAGGACUUGAUCGAGAAACAGGCAUCCACUCACGUGUUUAGAUGCUACCUGUCGAGCAAUGAGGAGGCCCAGAUGGGUCUGGCCUCAACCAUCACUCCCCCAAUGCACUCACCGGCACCAGCGGGCAGCGUCAACAGCGCCGCUCAAGAUGAGGAACUAUCGAUUGGACAACACCUGGUCCGUGCAAUGUUCUCCUGGGACGGCCCAAAUGCUGCGCGAUUCGACAUUGCCAGCUUCUGGUACUCAUGUAUUGUGCUGUCGGCCACACUCAAGGACUCGACACACACCAAGGAUCAGCUGUUGGGUGCCUGCGUCGAGAUGCCCAAGACUGCAUCCGAGCCACCCCUCACACUGUUCAACAAACUGAUGUCAUCACUGCUCUCCACCAAGAAGACAGAGACCGACCCAAUGAUCAAGAUCGGUCUGCUCAAGUUGUUGGCGCUCUGGCUGGACCAGUCGCCCAAGGCUGUCAAGGAGUUCUUUAGCAACGGCUCACAUCUCUCGCUCAUUGUCGAGUCAAUCCUUCAGCCGACUACAGCGGCGACCGCUGCAAUGCAGGUCCAUGUCCAGGGUCUGUACACCCUGAUUCUCGGACUGCUGGUACAUAACCUCGACGAGUCAAGUGUGGCCGAGCGUAACAAUCUCAACUCAAUCAUCAGUCAUCGAAUUGGAUUGAACAGCUUCAAAGACCGACUGGACCAUCUUCGCAAGUCCGAUUCAUUCACUCAUGCCGAACAAGGUGAAGAGCCAUUCUCCACCGCCCUGGACAAGAUCACCAUCCAGCUCUACGACUUUGACUUUACCCUCUUCUUCAAGGAUGUCUAUGAUAAAAUCAGACACCUGGGCAGCUCUCAUAAGCCUAGACCAGGAACACGUCCAUCAUCAGCACAGCAACAGACUCAUCCAACGAAGAAGAUUGAAGAGAUGGAGUUAUUACACAAGCAACAACAACAACAGCAGCAGCAGCAACAUCAACAACAACUACAACAGGAUCAACAUAUUGGUACACCUGUGAAUCAAUCACCUCCACUUACACAUCAGGAAACACCUCAACCAAUUCCAAUCCAACCACUUCAACCACCUCAACAACAACCUUCACAAGACUCUCAACUUGUUAUCCAACUCCAACAACUAUUGGAGGAUAAGGAGAAGGAGAACAACAUCAUUUCGGAAGCAAUGACCAAGCUUGAGGACCUGGUCGUCGACAAGGACGACGCAAUCGACGACUUGAAGGCACAGAUCGAAUCACUCAAGGUUCAAUUGGCCAACCCAUCAUCUGCCCCGUCUCAACCUAGUGCCAACAACAACUCACUGACCGACUCUCAAUCUGUUGAUGUGUUUGAGUUGAUGCGCCUUAGACAAGAGAGCCAGGAGCACUCGGCCACGAUGGAGCAACACGAACAACAAUUGAAGCAACACGAGCAGCAAUUGAAGCAGAAGGACACCACGAUCAAUUCCCUGCGAAUGGAGCUACAGAACACGAUACAGCAGAAGGAUGCCGCACUCAAGUCUGCUGCCGCCGCCACCGCCGCCAAGAACGAGGCGACAGUCUCGCCACCUGGCAACAGUCUAAUGUUGGCCAAAGUGCAGAGCGAGUUGGCCGAGUUGAAGACCAAGUACGCAGCACUCCAGAAGGACCAAGAGGAGAUGUUAGACUGGGCGUCCAAGCUCGAGGUUGAGAACAGCAAUCUAAAAGCCAAGUUAGAGUCC